CGUCUCGCCACACAACAGUCCUAUCGCUGAACCGAACAAUUCGUCAUACAAAAUAUGCCGAGACUGUGAUGUGUCUGAAUCGACCUUGCGUCUAUAUUCUUUGAUGAAACUAAAAGAAGAAGAAAAAUUAACCUAAAACUGAUUGCAUGUUGCAUGCUUGUUGCUUGUAAUAAACACAAACACAAUAUAAACUAAACUAAACUAAAAUCUUCAAAAUAUACUAUGCCUACUAAAAAAGGCAAUACACUCCUUUAUAAGGGUAGCAACUACUUAAGACAAAGAUUAAUUCUCUCAGUUUUAAGUGGAAAACCUGUUCAAAUAUCUGAAAUACGAAUACAAGAAGAUGAACCAGGUUUAAAAGAGUUCGAAGUUAGUUUAAUAAGAUUAUUAGAUAAAGUUACAAAUGGUACAGUAAUUGAAUUAAAUGAAACAGGAACAUCAUUAUAUUUUCAACCUGGUCUGCUUUAUGGAGGUGAAAUAGAACAUGACUGUUGUACAGAAAGAGCUAUAGGAUACUACUUAGAAGCUUUGGUAAUGUUUGGUAUAUUUUGUAAACAACCUUUAAAAGCCAAACUAAAAGGAGUUACAGCAAAUAAUAUAGAUCCGUCUGUAGAUCUCAUAAAAACAUCUAUGCUUCAAACAUUAAAAAGAUUUGUAUUAGAUGAUGAUGAUUUAAACCUGAAAAUUUCCAAAAGGGGCUUGAGGCCACUGGGAGGAGGUGAAGUAACAUUCAGAUGCCCAGUUCGAAAACAGACAAGACCUGUUCAAUUGUUGAAAAAUGGAAUGGUUAAAAGGAUAAGGGGUACAGCCUAUGCCUUAAGAGUUUCGCCUGCUAUAGCUAACAGAAUGGUAGAUAAAGCAAAGGGUGUUCUUUUAAAUUUCAUUCCAGAUAUUUAUAUAAAUACAGAUCAAUGUAGGGGAAAGCAAUCUGGAAAUAGUCCUGGAUUUGGAAUACACUUAGUAGCUGAAACAACUGAGGGAGUUCAUUAUUCAGCAGAGCAGUUCUUAUAUUAUUGUAUUUUUAUAGUAGUGGUUUGUUUCAUUAACGCUGAGUUAAGUUUGACUUCUCUCUUUAGACUGUUCCACAACCAUGUAGCAAAUGAUGAAGAUCCUUCAAUACCAGAAGAUUUGGGAGUAGCUGCAGCUCACAGAUUAUUAUAUGAGAUAUAUCUGGGUGGCGUAGUAGAUUCUACAUCUCAAUCAUUGGCAAUUUUAUGCAUGGCAUUGGGAGAUAAAGAUGUCUCUAAACUAGUAACUGGUCCUUUAUCAGAGUAUUCAAUAUGGUUUUUGAGGCAUUUGAAAGACUUUUUUGGAGUUACCUUUAAAUUAGAACCGUUUGUUGAAGAAGAAUCUAGUAGUGGUCAAGGAUCAUCAAAAGUGUUACUUACUAGUAUAGGAAUUGGGUAUACGAAUAUAAGCAAAAGAACUAUGUAA